AUGACACGUGAACAAUACAUACUAGCAACACAGCAGAAUAACCUGCCAAGGGCUGAGAAUGCACAGCUUUACCCAGUGGGAAUUUAUGGAUGGCGAAAGAGGUGCUUAUACUUCUUUGUCCUUCUGCUGUUGGUUACCAUGAUAGUUAACUUAGCCAUGACAAUAUGGAUAUUGAAAGUUAUGAAUUUCACUGUGGAUGGUAUGGGAAAUCUGAGAGUCACCGAGAAGGGCAUCCGACUUGAAGGUAUAUCUGAGUUUCUACUUCCAUUGUAUGUGAAAGAAAUUCAUUCCCGAAAGGAUAGUCCACUGGUCUUACAGUCUGACAGGAAUGUAACAGUGAAUGCAAGAAAUCACAUGGGGCAGUUAACUGGACAGCUGACAGUAGGAGCUGACGCCGUGGAAGCUCAGUGUAAGAGGUUUGAAGUGAGAGGCAGUGAAGACGGCAGGGUGCUGUUUUCUGCAGAUGAAGAUGAGAUCACCAUUGGCGCUGAAAAGCUGAAGGUUACAGGCACGGAAGGAGCAGUGUUUGGGCACUCUGUAGAGACACCUCACAUCAGAGCAGAACCUUCCCAAGACCUCAGGCUUGAAUCACCGACUAGGUCCUUGAUAAUGGAAGCACCUCGAGGGGUCCAGGUGAGCGCUGUAGCAGGAGACUUCAAGGCCACCUGCAGGAAGGAGCUCCAUUUGCAGUCUACAGAAGGGGAGAUAUUUUUAAAUGCAGAUACAAUCCGGCUGGGAAAUCUACCGACGGGCUCCUUCUCAACUUCUUCAUCUAGUUCCUCAAAUUCUCGACAGACGGUAUACGAACUCUGCGUCUGCCCCAAUGGCAAACUUUACCUUUCUCCAGCAGGAGUAGGCUCCACUUGUCAGUCCAGUAGCAACAUCUGCUUGUGGAGCUGAAAUGACUGAUUUCUCCUCACACCAGAAUAGCCUUUUGUUCCUGUCCGUCUGCUUCACAGUUCUGCUCGGUUUCUCUUGUGAUCAGGCCAGAGCUUCUUCAAAUGGUCCACAGAGCAACUUCUUCCUGUGUAAGCGGGAUUCACCACCACCUUCUCUGGUGAUUUACUGUACUGCUCAACACAGAGCGUGUGAAUGACACAGCAGUGGAAAACAUCGUCUUCAGCAGGAAAACUGGAUCAUAACUUUGCUCAAAAGGGAGAAUAACAUAGGUGCCUUUGCUACAUGAAGUGAAGCACAUAGUUUUAGAUUUUUGCAGGGCCCGGAUAUGAACUGCACAUAUAUACAUUACACAGAUGAAAUUCCCAGUAUCCAACGGCAAGAUGAAAUGGUAGACCCUGUAUGAAACUGACUCUACAGUCUGAAAGCACAAUUUUCCAUUCAUCUUUUUGGAUGUAAACUUUUAUCCCUGAAUUUUAAAAUUUUGAAGCAUUAUGUAAUGCUUGCUUUACUAAAAGUCAAAUUCAAUACAUGGUUUUUAAUGAAAUGAAACACACAAGAAAAAAGACAGAAUCCUUCCCUGA